AUGAAAGGGGCCCUAUCGCCGUCAGACAGCGAAACAAAUAACGUUUCAUUGACAAUAGACUCAUUGAGCGCAGUCUCCCCAUUCACCGCGGAUAACACACGGGGAAGCAUAAUUCUCACACCAGACCUAGUAUUGGGGUCAUCCUCAACAAGUUUUAUCUCAUGCUCUCCCCACAAAACGCCCCCAGUCCCGCCAACCAAGCCGCACUCAAACGAGCUCAUCGCUUCAAUCCCUUCCCGCCAAGGGUUCACCCCAGAGCUACCAGACACGUGCUUCCAUCGCCUGCGCGCCGAACUAGCCUCCCACUCCCAGAGCGAGUUGAUCAACGUACCCAUGGAGCAACGACAGCGACAGCAGAACCACAUCAAGUUGAGGACUAGAUUGCGGGCUUGGGAAUCGCCUGCCUUGGCGCCUAUACCUAGUUCACGUGCAAGCUCAGCAAGAGGACCCGGCAACGGCAGCGACCUCAGCCAUAGCAACAGCAAUGGUAGCAGUCCUGGAAACCAAGCCGGACGGGUCAUCACCGCCGAGGGAGUUGUCCUAGGCGCCAAUCUGGAUCGAUACUCCAAUGGUAUAGAAAUUGGAGAGUCCCAGGCCCAGGGGGAACGAGGAAGGAAGGCUGAGCGUGGUGAGACAGAUCAUGUUAUGAGUUUUAUGCAGUAUGCUGGGAGACCGGAUGAUCGGGGCUUGGGGAACGAGCUUGUAAACACAACAAGUGGCCAUACUUCCAAUCUCCAGGGACGUGGGAGCAGUGCGUCCAGGUCGGGGCCUAGGCCCGCGGAGCGCAGUUUGGAAGAUGAUAUUGCGGCUGCGGAGGGUAAUGUUGACGUCCCGCCUGCUUAUGAGGCGGAAGAGGGCGCCCCUGGACACGAAAUCAAGUCUCCGUCUGGGAGGAUGGGUAUGAGCCCAAGAGGGGGGGUUUGA